UCCUCUCUGGCGCAUUGAUCGGUUUCUCUUUCGCCUAUCUCCCCUUCACGACGCAGAUCCGAGUGGAAGAGUCUCUCUCUCUCUGUAGGACGAAAGCUCUGCAUCUGUAGCUAGCGACAACUCUGUAGCAGGGUUUGAGCUGCUGAAGUAUCCAUGGAUCAGGCAGAAUUGACCACGGAGCAGGUCUUGAAAAGGGAUAUUCCAUGGGAGGCGUACAUGACAACUAAACUGAUUUCGGGGACAGGUCUCCAGCUGUUAAGGCGAUAUGAUAAAAAAUCCGAAAGCGCCAGAGCACAGUUGUUGGAUGAAGAUGGUCCAGCUUAUGUUCAUCUGUUUGUUAGCAUUUUGCGCGAUAUAUUCAAAGAAGAAACAGUUGAAUAUGUUUUGGCUUUGAUUUACGAAAUGCUCUCAGCUAACCCGAAGCGAGCUCUAUUAUUUCAUGACAAAUCUUUGGCAAAUGAGGAUACUUAUGAGCCUUUCUUAAGGCUGCUUUGGAAAGGCAAUUGGUUCAUUCAAGAAAAAAGCUGCGUGAUUCUUGCUUGGAUCAUAAGUGCUAGGCCAAAAACCGAAAAUGGUAUUAUCGCUAAUGGAGAAGCUUCAGAUUCCAAGAAACCUAUUACUACAAUUGAUGAUGUGCUCAAGGGGCUGGUGGAAUGGCUUUGUGCUCAGCUGAGGCAACCUUCCCAUCCUACUCGUGGUGUUCCUAUUGCGAUAAGCUGCCUGGCAUCCUUGCUCAAGGAACAUGUGGUCAGAUCGUCAUUUGUUCAGGCAGAUGGAGUGAAGUUGCUUGUCCCUUUUAUUUCCCCAGCAUCCACUCAGCAGUCUAUUCAGCUUCUCUAUGAAGCGUGUCUGUGCAUCUGGCUUCUUUCCUAUUAUGAGCCUGCAAUUGAGUUCUUGGCGACAUCUAGGACACUUCAAAGGCUCACCGAAGUUGUAAAGAGCUCAACUAAGGAGAAGGUCGUCAGGGUGGUUAUCUUGACUUUUAGGAACUUGCUUCCAAAAGUUACAUUUGGUGCCCAGAUGGUCGAUCUUGGACUCCCACAUAUUGUCGCCAGUUUGAGAACUCAAGCAUGGAGCGACGAGGAUUUACUGGAAGCACUGAAUCAACUCGAAGAAGGCUUGAAAGAUAACAUCCGGAAAUCGAGUUCCUUUGACAAGUACAAGCAAGAGGUUCUUCUCGGCCAUCUUGACUGGACUCCGAUGCACAAGGACCCUGCUUUCUGGCGCGAGAACAUCGUAAACUUCGAGGGGAAUGACUUCCAGAUUCUCAGGGUCCUCAUCACGAUCCUGGAGACGUCCAGCGAUCCAAGAACGUUGGCGGUGGCAUGCUUUGAUAUCUCGCAGUUCAUACAGUUCCAUCCGGCGGGCAGAGUAAUUGUGAACGACCUCAAGGCGAAAGAGCGGGUGAUGAAACUGAUGAGCCACGAGAACGUGGAAGUAACGAAAAACGCCCUCUUGAGCAUCCAGAGGCUCCUCCUCGGCGCAAAGUACGCCAGCUUCUUGCAAGUUUGAUGCCUUCAUACUCGGAUGCAGACAGUUUCCGUUGUGUGUGUUUUGUUCGGUCGCACUCCAUAAACAUAAACCUGAGAGGAACUUAGCCGCUCUUUUGUGUUUUCCCGUUAUUCCCCCGGCGGCAGAUGAUGAUGAUGUUCAUGGCAAUGUUAUGUAUGUGCUUACAUGAUUGCUUCUUGCAUUUUGUUUGUCGAAAAUAAGGAAAUAAAGAAAGUCCUUGACAUUGGCAAUA